AUGAAUCGUCUUCUUGUGCGACGUUGUAGUAUGUCUUCGAUUGAGGAAGAAGAUGAAUCGGAAACAUUUGAUGAAACAAUAACACAAGUAGACCAAUUGCUGUCGCCUUCAUUACAACAAGAACAAUUCGAUCGUUCAUCAUCCAUUUCGGAGUGGGAUUCCGAAUUAUCUGAAUCAGAACAGGAAUUUGACGAUAAUAAUGAAAAUCCAGAAGAUAAAAGUGAAGAGCAAGCAGCGAAUCGAGUAUUACAAAGUUUUAAACAAUCAUUUUCACGAACACGUUCGAUUCAAAUGAACAAUAAGAACAAUACUUAUUCGCCAUUCUCUAUUCAUCUUUAUGAAGAAGAAGAUUCAGCUGAACUUGACGCAAUUUUAUCUGAAUUACAAGAUUUUAAAAUUGAAUUUGAAGAAAAUUCAAAUCUUUCAUCUUCACAACAACAAUUAUUAUAUCCAAAACUUGAUAAAAUACAAAAACCAACAAUGAAUCAUCAUUCAUCAUCGUCAUCAGGAAAAUAUUCAUCUCCUUCUUCUUCAUUUUCAACAAAUGGUUGUGUAUAUGAACUUCGUACGCUUGAAGAUCAACUUGAAGCUGCUUUAGCAAGUUUAUCAUUAACAAUAAAUGAUUGUACAAUAACUAAUACUGAUUCUCAACAACAAAAUUCAUCAGAUUCAAGUGCUUGUUCAAGUGGAGUUGGAGACGAAAUUGGCAAUGAAUCAUUUCAUUUAUAUAAUAUAUCAAAUACAAAUCAUAAUUCUGUAUCAUUUACAUCAAAAGUGACUACAACUACAGAUGAUUGUGAUUCAGCAUUUAGCGAUUGUGGAUCAAAUGAUAAAGUUAUCUUAACUAAUCAUGAUGAAUCGGUUGUCUAUCGUACGGUGCCUCCCAUAACAGAUCCAAUAGACGAGGCACCAUCAAUAAUACUUGAUCAUGAUGAUUCAUUAUUAUCUCAUGCUCGACAUCCAUCAAGAAUACUUAUUCGUACAUAUAAUGAUGAUGAUUCAACAAAAAGUAUAUUCAUUGAUGAUUCAAUGUUAAUACGUGAUGUUCUUUUUGUACUUAUUCAUAAAAAUCAUCGAGAACCUGAUAUUAAUUAUGCUCUUGUUGAAGUUUUACCUGAUCUUUAUAUGGAACGUAUUUUUGAAGAUCAUCAAAAAUUAAGUGAAGCUAUUCUUAUGUGGCCAACGGUAACUUCAAAUCGACUUAGUUUUACUAAACGUCUUGAAAAAUAUAAUUUUUUUCGAACAUUUACUGCAAAUGAUGAAUUAUCACAAACACCUGAUAUUGAAGGAAAUAUUUAUUUAAAAGAAAAAUCUCGUAAAUCAUGGAAAAAACAUUUUUGUGUACUUCGUUCAUCAGGUCUUUAUUUUAUGCCUAAAGGCAAAAGCAAAAAAGAUCUUGUCUGUUUGGCAAAAUUUGAAAAUGUUGAACUAUUUUUUGGUCUCGAUUGGAAAAAGAAGUUUAAAUCACCAAGUGACUUUUGUUUUGCAUUAAAGCAUCCAUUGAUUCAAAAAAAAAGCUCGAAAUAUAUAAAAUAUAUGUGUGUUGAUACAAAAAAUGAAUUUGAUCGUUGGAUUAUAAAUAUUCGAAUAGCUAAAUUUGGACAACAAUUAAAAAUAAAUUAUUUACUUGUGGAUAAAGCGAUGAAUAUGUAUCAUUCAUCAGGUCGUUUUGUUUCUGUUUGUACUAUGCGUUCAGAAAUACCAAUUGUGCAAUCAGAGAAUGAUGAUCUAUUUAUUCCUGAUUGUCAAACACCAAUGUCACAUAAUCAAUAUUAUGAAUACCAUCCGUCUGUAUCUUCAAAUAACAAUAAUGAUAAUAAAAAUACUAUUAAUGAUGACGAUGAUGAUAACGAUGAUGAUAAUGAAAAUUCUCCAAUUAAAUCAGCUAGUUAUAUGGAUGAAUUGCGUCAGAGACUUGAACGUGUUCUUAAUGAUUCACCUCAACAAAGUUCAACAUCGUAUCAUCCUAUUCAAUCAUCAUCACAUGUAAAAGAAGCUAUUCAUCAACCAACAUUAAUUCCUUCACCAAAAUUAAAAUCAGCAAAUUCACAAUGUUUAAAUUCAACUGAAAGUUUAAAUAAAACAAAUAAUCAAAUAAUAUCACCAUCAACUAGUGGUUCAACACCAUUACCAAGAAAACAAAUGCAAUCAUUUGGAAGUUUAUCUUAUCGAACAAUAAAUCCAAUUAAUCGUCAUUCUCAACAACCAAUGAGUAAAAGUUUUAUUAUAUCAACAAAACGAGAAGAUCGUCAAAGUACUGAUUCAUUAUCUACAACAUCAAAAUCUGAUUCACUUAAUUUAGAUCAUACAGAUUUUUCUCCUCCAUCAUCAACUUUUCUUAACAAUCUUAAUAAUGCUAAUAAAAUAACAAAUCCAGUUAAGUCUAAAGCAAUGAUACGUAAUAAUAUGAAUAAUAAUUAUUCAAAACAGCUACCACCAUUGAAAAAACCUAUAACAUCAUUUCGUGCGAAUACUCAACCACAAUUAUCAUUACCUAUUAAAAAUGGACUUACUCUAUUUGCUCCCAAACUUUCAGCUCCUAUAUUGCAAACAUCUAAACAAACUAAACCAAUAAAUUUAUCAUUAUCGAUUAGUUCAUUUAGCAAUAGCAAAAGUACAACAAUAGCUGCUAAUAACAAGCCUGUUCCACCUGUCCCUCCACGUAAAUCAAGUAUUCCACGCCCAGGUUUGAAACCACAACCACCACAACGAAAUUCAUCAACCAAUCUUCUUCGUAAACCGCAUGUCAGUGAUUUAUGA